GAUUCUUGCAGUGCCGUGGAGUGAUGAAGCAGGACGAAGCGGACACAGACAGGAGCAGAGCAAACGUCGCUACGGUUGUUUUAUCGAAGUGAACUCGGUCAGAUUUUAGUAUUUUUUAGAUGCACGAUGGAUUUACUCCGUAAUUACCAAAUUUAACGCAUCGAAACGUCUCAAAUAUUGGAGGUAUCCGUGCAGCCUGACACACGGACAUCUUGGUUCCCUCACAUCAGGAGUGUAGGGACAUAUUUUCCUUCACCUUGGACCCUGUGCAGGUUGUUGUGUGGUUGUGGAGCUCUCUUUAGCCCAUCAUGGCGUGGCCCUGUAUCAGCAGGGCGUGCUGCAUGUCCCGCUUCUGGAACCAGCUGGAUAAGGCUGACAUUGCGGUGCCUUUGGUCUUCACCAAGUACACGGACGUCUCUGAGAUGCAGCACAUCCAGCUGCAGCCUCCCCAGGCCCGGGUCGCCAUAGAAACGCAGCCGUCUCGCGGACAUUCCCGCACCCCGGCGGCGGGUCGCGCGCCGCGAAGGUGCGUCUCCGAGGAGCGCGUGUGCAGCUCGGUGAUGCGCGAGGACUUUAAACACUGGAAAGUGCGACCGGAACCGAGCUGUAAACCCAAGAACGAGUACCACGGACCCGAAACACCGUUCAACGGCGAGACCCAGUACAUGAAGGACUACAAGCCCUGGCCCAUCCCGAAAAGGUGCGACCACCCCUGGAUAAGCAAACCUGCAACCGACGACCGGCCCCGGCACGAGAAAAAACAUCUGGCGGAUGCGGACAGCGGCGUGGAGAAGAGCGCGAUAGCUGACAAGGUCCAGGAGAAAGACCUGCUCCAGGGCCAGGAGAGGAAAAAGAAGUCCAGUAAACCGGAGGGGGUGAAGAAGGUGGUCGUGAAGGUGGAGGGAGAGGGCAAAGGGAGGGCAGCGGCGGAUGCUGUGAACCGGCAGAUCAAAGAGGAGAUCACAGCCGGCAGCUCGUACAACUCCGAGUACAAAGCUUACAGAGAUGUGAAGCCGGCGAAGAUGAUCCGGGCCAAGUCCCAGUCUCCCCCGGACGGAAAGACAAGUGGAGAGACUAGCUACAGCGCCACCUAUAAGGGUCAGGCGCCGCUGCGGUCUUCUGACAACAAAGCCCUAGAGAGGAGGAGGAUACGCAGUCUGUACAGCGAGCCUUACAUAGACCCCAUCAAACAGGUUGACAGGUAUAGUGCCCUGCGCACAAAACCCAAAAAGCCUGGAGCCGCUGCGGCAGGCCCGGGCAAACCAGCGAAGAAAUCCAAAGAUAAGCAGAGUGCCGCGCUGAGGGGCUCCAAGAAGACGACCUCGGAGAACCAAGCGGAGAACCGGCCGGCGGUGGGGGACAAGGAGAAAAGUAAAGAGAUGAACAACAAACUGGCUGAGGCAAAAGAGGUUGUGCUAAAACAGUACCACUACAUACAACUCUGCCAGCCAAUCCGAGAUAUUGGCUGGGUGCAGACUCUAAAGCAACACCUGUGGGGCUGUGCACUACCCAAUCCCAGAGAUGCUCAGGACGAGUCUCUCCGACUCGGUCAUCAUCAUUCCCAGGGUGCUACUGGAGGAGAACUACCACCACCACCACUGCUGGAGAGACCUGAGCCCCGGAGGAGCGGAGGUGUCGUACGCUUUGCCCUAGACGGGAACCAGACUGACUAGGUCUGCCUGUGAGGACGGAGGCAGAUACACCGUAUACACAGACUAGAGCUCUGUGUUGUAAAUAUCUAGUUUUUGCAACUAAGAUGGGUGCGGUGAAAGAGGGGAAUCCCACAAAAUAAGGAAGCACACACAUUUGAAACGCAUGUUUGAAACAGCCCUUGGCUGUUUGAUCCACGGCAUUAUCACAAAGGUGCUACAUCAUUUUUUCAGGUUUCAUGCAAUUAAGUUGAAAAUAAUAUGUCGAUAUUAUUAGAUAUACCACACCAUUAAGUGCUUAUACAACAUCUAAAAACACUGUACUGUACAUUGAUGGGUUUUAGUGUAAAUAAAUAACCAAAACUUGCAGAUUGCAA